GCAACUGAAGCAGCAGCGGGACAAGCUGAGGCAGUACCAGAAGCGGAUCAGUCUGAACCUGGAGAGGGAGCGGGCGCUGGCCAGGCAGCUGCUGAGAGACGGCAAGAAGGAAAAAGCCAUGCUCUUGCUAAAGAAGAAGCGUUACCAAGAGCAACUUCUAGAUAAAACGGAAAACCAAAUCAGCAACUUGGAGAGGAUGGUCCAGGAUAUUGAAUUCACCCAGAUUGAAAUGAAAGUCAUUGAGGGCCUGAAAAUAGGCAAUGAAUGUCUGAACAAAAUGCACCAGGUUAUGUCAAUAGAAGAAGUAGAAAGAAUAAUAGGUGAAACCCAAGAUGCUGUGGAAUACCAGAGGCAAAUAGAUGAGAUACUGGCUGGCAGCCUGACCGAGGAAGAUGAAGAUGCCAUUCUAGAAGAAUUAAACGCUAUUACUCAGGAACAGAUGGAGCUUCCAGAAGUUCCUUCUGAGCCACUCCCGGAAAAGAUCCCAGAAGCAUCACCCGUCAAGAACAGGCCAAAACCAGAACUGGUGGCAGCAUCUUAACUCCCACAUCUGGGGAUUCCCCCCCGUGACUUUCACCCAGGACAGUUUGCCAUCCCAGCCUGUGCUGGGAACAAGCAAUGCCUUGGCAGCAUCCCAGCUGUGCUGGGCGGAUGGUGGAGCAGGAUUCCCUGUGCAGGGUGGGGAACCUCAGCUGAUUAUUGUUCUUGUAUCAAGAUUAUUUUCUAGUGCUUUCUUUUUUUUGUAACUUAAAUUCUAAACUCACUCAGCUGCGCUGUCUCGGGAUUAAACAACAACUCUAAAAACUUCCAAAGCCAAA